CAGGUCUAUAGCACGCGAGCUGUCACUCCCCCAGCUAUGCCUGUGGACCUGGCCAUGCGGCUCUGCCUGAGCCGCUCACCCCCUAUUCGCAAGCUACUGAAUUCCUAUGAGGAGCUCCGGGGCAGCCGGGGACGCAAACCCCUCCGCUCCUGUCUGAACCUGAAACAGAGCACAGAUCGUGAGCCUGAAUGGAGAGAGAACACCAAGAGCUCUAAAAAUCAAAAGAAGAAGAGGGUGGUAUUUGCUGAUAUGAAGGGGCUCUCGCUGACAGCUGUCCGAUUCUUCUCAAAGAUCGAGGAGGACCUCUGUGAUUUGCAGCAUGCCCUGUCAGACCUCACCUGCUUCCGGCCCAGGCUCCGGGACUCGCACUCAGAAGCAGGCAGGUAUGUGCUGGACUUCCCACAACCCUCUGCAGACUAUGCAACCUUCCGCAGCCGCCUGCUCAGCAACCUGGUCUGCCUGGAGAGCUGCCUGAUCCAGGACCAUGCCCUGUCUGGGACAGUGAAGGUCAGAAACAUUGAGUAUGAGAAGAAAGUCCUUAUCCGCAUCACCUUUGACGGCUGGAAGAGCUUCCGAGACAUCUCCUGCCAGUACAUGCAUAGCACGUAUGGCUCAGCAGACAUGGACACCUUCUCCUUUGAGCUCUCCCUUCCCAAAUCCUCUAGCUCCUGCAAGGCCACAGAGUUCUGCAUCUCCUUCCGCUGUGGGCAGAAGACCCACUGGGACAACAACCAGGGGAAGAACUACAGGAUCUACCACGUGGGUGUGAUUCGUUCACCUUCCCAUGCUGUGAAGAGUGCCAAGGGGGCCCGGGAGCACCUUGGCACCUCCCGGGCUGCUGCCCUCGUCCUUUCUCACCUGCAGAGCUGGCGCCAUUCAGAGCCCCAAGCCCCGUACUGGUAGGGAGGUGCUUUGGAGGGGCUGUAGGUUCCUUCUGUCUCUGCUUUGGUACAAGGGCCCUUGCGGGGGUAUGGGGGCAGUGGCAACAGCAGCAAGUGCCGCUCCCAGCUCUGUUAGCUUCUCCACGAGACUGGCUGGCUACGGUACAAGCAGCUGCUGGACUUCAAAGCUGGACCCCGCUCUAUUGUCAGCUGGAAGCCGUUUCGGUGAAAUUCCUGCCGUGUAGCGUCCGGGCAGCGCUAGCGCGAGAGUACAGGAGUGACAGCGGGGCGAAGCGGGCUGUCCCCGCGUGUGCUCCGGUGCGAGCCUGCGGUGCGAUCAGCGGGACAAGUGCCUUCGUGCAGCCGGAGGGAGCGGCUCGGGGCCGUCGCGGCGGAGUGGAGGCAGAAGCGGCGG